AUGUUCGGGGCCGGGGUCGGAGGUCACAAUGAGCGUCUAGGAGGCCGAAGGAGGAAGAUGGCAGUGGAGUUCCUCAUCACUCAGGAGGAAAUUAAGAAGGAACCGGAGAAGCCCAUUGACCGGGAGAAGACGUGCCCUCUGAUCCUGCGGGUCUUCACCACCAAUAACAGCCGACACCACCGAGUGGAAGAGUUCUCCCGAGGAAACGUGCCUUUGAGCCAGCUGCAGAUCUACACCUGGAUGGAUGCAACCUUUAAAGAAUUGACUAGUUUAGUAAAAGAAGUCUACCCAGAAGCUCAAAAGAAGGCUACACACUUCAAUUUUGCUAUUGUUUUUACGGAUCUUAAAAGACCUGGUUAUAGAGUGAAAGAGAUUGGCAGUACAAUGUCUGGCAGAAAGGGAACUGAUGACUCCAUGACCGUACAGUCUCAGAAGUUCCAGAUAGGAGAUUAUUUGGAUAUAACAAUUACUCCCCCAAAUCAGGCACCACCUCCCUCAGGGUGCAUGAGACCAUAUUAA